AUGUCGUCCCCAUUCAUUUUCGAGGAGAAACUCCCAACAUAUGCGAUAAUCGGAGGAGCUGGCUAUCUCGGAGCCAACAUCAUUAAGUACAUGCUGCCAAGGAACAAUUGUGAAAUCAUUAUUGUUGAUCCCUCGGAAUGGUCAUCGUUCGAGACCGCACAGUACCCGCGUCACAAAGUCCGUCAUGUACAAGUGAGUCUCGGUUUAGCAGAACGUGGAAAGCGCAUAAAAUUAACUUCACUUUAGAAGUCGUUCCUUUCGGAAGAAGUUCUGGAUUCGGUUCUUCCAGAAUGCAUUGCAGUAUUUCACUUGGCGAGUAUUGGCCAUCGAGGACUCGGCAUGGUAGGUGAUUCACUUAAUGAACACAUAGGCUAGAAGAGUCUCAGAACAAUCACAUCAAAGUCCACGAUUUCAAUGUUGGAGGAACCAAACUUCUGCUGCGGAAGUGUAAAGAACACGGAGUGAAGCGGUUUGUCUAUGCUUCCAGCAUUGCUACCGUUUAUGUUGGAAAUGCAUUUGAGAACAAAACGGAAGACGAGGAAAUGCCACAAGAACAUGAAGUGAGUUAGGUUUUCUUUGACGUUGCUUCAAAGUAGUUGAUUCUGAUUAAAAUAUGCAGUGUUUGUGGUGACAGGUCAAAAUUUACGAAAAAUAUCUGCAUGGUCUUACUGUAAAACCACCCAUUUUAAUUGAACAGGGUCAUAGUACACUUACAAUUGAAGUGAUGAGAAACUACCAUUAUAAACUUAAUGAACAGAGUAAAUAGGACAGAAAUGAUAAUUUCAGUACAUAAACGCCUACAGUAGCACGAAAGCUAAAGCGGAGGCAUUUGUUUUAGCAGCCGCUGACAAUGAUUUUCACACAAGUGCCCUCCGUUUUCGUGGAAUUUUCGGCGCGGAGGACAUUGCGGUUAUCGGACGUGUUGCAGUUAGUUCAUAGGUAACUUCAUAUGAUUUGUAAUGCAUUCAGAAUCUCACCAACUGGGGAAUAAAUCGUUUUGUCUUCUCGGCGGAAGCACAUGAAUCGAGAGCUCCAAACACGAGCGUGUUGAACUGUGCAAAAGCGUUCUUCUUGGCUGAUCGAGCUCUGGCUGAGAAUUACGUCAAUGGUCAAGUUAGUUUGCAAAAUUAAUAACGCAAUAUCCUACAGUUUAUUUACAGGCAUAUUUCAUUGUUGAUACGGAAAUCGAAGGGCAGUACACUUGUUUCAAUGAUCUGGCUAGAGGCCUCGGACGGAACCCUCCAAACAUUCACGUUUGUAAUCUGGCCCCUUUUGUGCCUUUCAUUCUUCAAUUCAUUCGGGUUUAUGAGAACAUUUGCGACUUCACCCAAUGCGAGCCAAUAGUUAGCCGAUUCGACUUCCUUCUCACUCUGUACACAAACACGUACUCAAUCGCAAAAGCUCAAAAGGACUUGGGAUACACUCCAGAAAUGUCGAUCAUGCCACAGGUAUACAGGCAGACAUGUUGAAUUGAAAUACACUUCAUCGAAAGUGAUUUGCAGAUAGUGCAGUUUCAUCGCAGCAAACAAGAGACGACAGAGACUCAGUCAAUCACAGCUUCCAUGCAUGAUUGGAUUUUCAUUUUUGUCGCUACCAUUAUCAUCACCAUCUUGUUCUACUCGACGGUCUAA